CGGAGAGCCCUCCUGGGCCACGUCGUGUCCACUUCCCCGCCAGGCACUGCUCCUGGGGCUCCUGGAGAUUAGGGACUUCAGGACUGAAGGUGCUUGUAGGCACGGAAGCACCUGCCUGCCCCGGUGGCUGGACUGUCACGCCAGUGGGCAGAGGGUGACCUAGAGACUAGGCCCGAGGAGCGCUCCUGCCCACAGCGCCCCCUCCCGCAGCCUCUCAAGGAACAGACUGCUCCUUCCUGCGCCCUGCUCCUCCCCUUGGGGAAGGACACUGGGCUCCUGAGGUGUUGAAGCCCGGGGUCCCCAUGGCCUCACUGAGCCGAGCCCUGCGUGUGGCCACCACCUGCCCUCGAAAGAGGCCUGCCCAGGGCCUGGGGCUGCAGUCCCGAGCCAGUGUGGCUGGCCCCACAGCCGAGAAGAAUGUGCCGUACCAGCGGACCCUGAAGGAGGAGGCGCGAGGCCCUGCGGCAGCGGCCCGAGGACCAAGCCAGCCCCUGCCCAGCACAGCCGAAGUGGUGGUCAUUGGUGGUGGCAGCUUAGGCUGCCAGACCCUGUAUCACCUGGCCAAGCUGGGUGUGAGAGGCGCCGUGCUGCUGGAGCGCGAGCGGCUGACAUCUGGGACCACCUGGCACACGGCAGGUCUGCUGUGGCAGCUGCGGCCCAGCGACGUGGAGGUGGAGCUUCUGGCCCAUACAAGGCGUGUGGUCAGCCAGGAGCUGGAGGAGGAGACUGGGCUGCACACGGGCUGGAUCCAGAAUGGGGGCCUCUUCAUUGCCUCCAACCGGCAGCGCAUGGACGAGUACAAGAGGCUCAUGUCGCUGGGCAAAGCCUAUGGUGUGGAAGCCCACGUGCUGAGCCCGGCAGAGACCAAGGUUCUGUACCCUCUGAUGAAUGUGGACGACCUCUAUGGGACCCUGUAUGUGCCCCAGGACGGUACCAUGGACCCUGCCGGCACCUGUACUGCCCUUGCCAGGGCGGCUACUGCCCGAGGAGCCCAGGUCAUUGAGAACUGUCCGGUGACUGGCAUCCGUGUGCAGACGGAUGACUUUGGGGUGCGGCGAGUUGCGGCUGUGGAGACCCCGCACGGCUCCAUCCAGACACCCUGUGUGGUCAACUGUGCAGGCGUGUGGGCAAGUGCUGUGGGCAGGAUGGCUGGAGUCAAGGUCCCUCUGGUGGCUAUGCACCAUGCCUACGUUGUCACCGAGCGCAUUGAAGGGAUCCAGAACAUGCCCAACGUCCGGGACCAUGACGCGUCUGUGUACCUGCGCCUGCAAGGGGACGCCCUGUCCGUGGGUGGCUACGAGCACAACCCGGUCUUCUGGGAGGAGGUGUCCGACAAGUUUGCCUUUGGCCUCUUCGACCUGGACUGGGACGUGUUCUCCCAGCACAUCGAAGGUGCCGUCAACCGCGUCCCUGUGCUGGAGCGGACGGGAAUUAAGUCCACGGUCUGUGGCCCAGAGUCCUUCACACCCGACCACAAGCCUCUCAUGGGAGAGGCUCCCGAGCUGCGUGGGUUUUUCCUGGGCUGUGGCUUCAACAGUGCAGGGAUGAUGCUGGGUGGCGGCUGCGGGCAGGAGCUGGCCCACUGGGUCAUCCACGGGCGCCCUGAGAAGGACAUGUAUGGCUAUGACAUCAGGCGCUUCCACCACUCGCUGGCAGACCACAGCCGCUGGAUCCGUGAACGCAGCCACGAGUCCUAUGCCAAGAACUACUCUGUGGUCUUCCCCCACGACGAGCCGCUGGCGGGACGCAACAUGAGGACAGACGCCCUGCACCAGGAGCUCCUUCAACAGGGCUGCGUGUUCCAGGAGCGGCUCGGCUGGGAACGGCCCGGAUGGUUCAGUCCUCAGGGAGUGGCCCCGGUCCUCGAUUACGACUACUACGGAGCCUACGGGCACCAGGCACAUCAGGACUGUGCCUACACCAGGCUGCUGGGGGACGAGUACACCUUCGACUUCCCGCCCCACCACCAUGUGAUCCAGAAGGAGUGUGUGACUUGCAGAGGGGCUGCUGCCGUGUUCAACAUGUCCUACUUUGGGAAGUUCUACCUGCUGGGGCUGGAUGCCAGCAAGGCUGCUGAUUGGCUCUUCUCUGCGGAUGUGAACCGACCCCCAGGCUCGACGGUGUACACCUGCAUGCUGAACCAGCGGGGGGGCACCGAGAGCGACCUGACGGUCAGCCGCCUGGCCCCCGGCCCCGAGGCCGGCCCCCUGGCCCCCGCCUUUGAAGGGGACGGCUACUACCUGGCCGUGGGCGGGGCUGCAGCCCAACAUAACUGGUCCCACAUCACCACAGUGUUGCAAGACCAGAAGUUCCGGUGUCAGCUCAUUGACAACUCCGAGGACCUGGGCAUGAUCAGCAUCCAGGGCCCAGCCAGCCGGGCCAUCCUACAGGAGGUGCUGGACGUGGACCUGAGUGACUCCGCCUUCCCCUUCUCCACCCACCAGCUGGUGAGAGCCGCCGGGCACCUGGUCCUCCCUCGUAACCUUCUGCUGGACACAGGUGGAGCAUACCAGCUGGAUCUGCUCCCCAAGCUUGGCCCUUGCCCCUCUCCUGGCUCCUCUGUCCCUGGCACCUGGGACCUGGAGAAGGUCAGGGCCAUGCGGCUGUCCUUUGUGGGGGAGCUGGGCUGGGAGCUGCACAUCCCCAGGGCGUCCUGUGUGCCUGUGUACCGGGCGGUGAUGACUGCGGGGGCCAAGCAUGGCCUGGUCAAUGCAGGGUACCGAGCCAUCGACUCCCUGAGCAUCGAGAAGGGCUACCGGCACUGGCAUGCGGACCUGAGGCCAGACGACAGCCCCCUGGAGGCGGGCUUGGCCUUCACCUGCAAGCUCAGGUCCGGUGUGCCCUUCCUGGGCCGCGAAGCUCUGGAGGAGCAGCGCCAGGUGGGCCUGCCCCGGCGCCUGGUGUGCCUCACCGUGGAGGAAAAAGUGCCCAUGUUUGGCCUGGAGGCCAUCUGGAGAAACGGACAGGUGGUGGGCCACGUCCGCAGGGCUGACUUCGGCUUCGCCGUGGACAAGACCAUUGCCUACGGCUAUAUCCGAGACCCCAGCGGCCAGCCGACCUUGGACAGCCACGGGUCCCCAGUCCCCCUGCCUGUGACCACUGGGGCAGCACAGAAGAGCCAGCCCAUGGGGGCAGGUGCCCAGCUCCGGGGCGGCCUAGAGGCCUUGCCACUCCCGAAGCUCUGGUGGAUAAACAGCACACUGGACUCUUUUCAUCCAGGCCUGAGCGGCUGGAGAGAUGAGGCUUACCUGCCUCCCAGAGCAGAGCCCAGGUCUCACUGGACUUUGUGAAGAGUGGAGACUAUGCUCUGGAGAGGAUGGGGGUCACCUACACUGCCCAGGUCCACCUGAAAUCUCCUUUUGACCCUGACAACAAGAGGGUGAAGGGGAUCUACUGAGGGGCUGCAGGACAAGGCCACAGCUGCAUAGGACUGACACCUGCCACCCUCGCCCAUCGUCACUGGUUCCUGUGUCCCAAGAGCCUGGACCCCUGCCAGACGUGGGCCUUUCCCAUCCUCAGCCCAACCCUGGCCUGAUAAAAUCCCCAAAUCAGCAAUGGAGAGAGCGA